GUCAAUUUUAUAAAAUUUUAUAAUGACACACUGAGACUGCUAAGCCAGCUGUAAGUUUUAUAAAAACUACGUCGUAUUGUCUCGAAUCAUAUUACUUAGAUUCUUGUGUAGUGACUUAUUAAUACUUACAAGUUUAUCUGAGGGAACAUUCACAACAAUGGCAUACGCCUAUCUUUUCAAAUACAUCAUCAUUGGCGAUACAGGUGUUGGUAAAUCCUGCCUUCUCCUUCAGUUCACCGAUAAAAGGUUCCAACCUGUCCAUGACCUCACCAUUGGUGUUGAGUUUGGUGCUCGCAUGAUCACCAUCGAUGGAAAACAGAUCAAACUUCAGAUUUGGGACACUGCUGGGCAGGAGGCCUUUAGAUCGAUAACCCGCUCAUACUAUCGUGGUGCGGCCGGUGCUUUGCUUGUCUAUGACAUCACCAGACGGGACACUUUCAACCAUCUGACUACAUGGCUUGAGGAUGCUCGCCAGCACUCUAACUCCAACAUGGUUAUCAUGCUCAUCGGUAAUAAGAGUGACUUGGAGUCCCGUCGUGAAGUAAAGAAGGAAGAGGGCGAGGCGUUCGCUCGUGAGCACGGACUGGUGUUCAUGGAGACAUCGGCUAAGACGGCUGCUAACGUUGAGGAGGCUUUCAUCAACACCGCCAAGGAAAUAUAUGAAAAGAUACAGGAGGGAGUCUUUGACAUCAACAAUGAGGCCAACGGUAUUAAGAUCGGUCCUCAACACGGUGGGGCGGGGUCGGGUGGUGGAGCGCCGGGUGCUGGGGGCGCACCGCCUGGAGGGUGUUGUUAGGUGCUGCGAUGCACACGCUGAGAAGGGCAUGAUUAGAUGAAUGGGAAUGUAUGCAGCUGUGUGCAAUCAAAAAAGGGUAUGAAACUUACUGCAUGCCGGUUUAAUAGUUUUAUUCUUAAUGCUAUAGACUAUGACGCAUCUCAAUUCAAUGUAAUAGUGAUCGGGCCCUGGAGCCUACUAUGCCGAUAAACAUUUAACUAUGUGAAUUAAUUUUUAUCUUAAUCAAGGUAUACUAUAACAUACCAAAUUAAAUAGAAAUUGUACGUUCAUAUUUUUAAUCUUUUUUUUUUUUUAAUAUUUAAUUAUCAUAUAAAAUUGAAAAUAUCUUGAAUGUUUAUUUAAUCUGUAGUGGCAGUAAAGUUAACUUCUCGUCUAGCUAUUAUCGUAUUAGACGUAAGUUGAAAUCAUAACGCAUAACCACAUUAACGAAUAACUGUAAGGUUGGACCAGGCAUGGAAAUAUUUAGCUGUAUUAAUUGUUCCAAAAGGCAAAUGUCUCGUAUUGUCUGUGCACUUUUUCGUGAUGUCUAAACAUUCUGUCGCUGGAAUAGCUUUUGAUAACGCUUUUGUAUAUUUAAAUGAAUCAAACAUGAAUUUUGAACAGUCGUUUUGAGCUGGUGAUCUCAUAUUUAUUCCUGUUACGGAACAUGUAAAUAGGAGGUUACAUUUGUUUGGAAUGCUUUGUAAAUAUGGGUCCAGUCGCCCUUAACGAGUGCUAAAAAACCACUUCAAUCAAGAUCAUCAAAUUAUCCAUAGCAUUUCUAAUUUUAUUUAUUAAUAGACAUUUAUAAAAAAUUCAUUUCACUAUCAGAGGUCACAAUAUUUCUUUGAUUGAUUAUGCAAUAUUUGACAGACAACAUUGUGGACAAAAUUAUUUAUAUAUAUAUAUUAUAAUUUUUGUUAAUGACAGAUGUUUAUUUUAUUAUUAUAUUUUAUUGUCAUCAUUUGUUGUAUACAUUUUGAUGCUUAAAUGGAUGGAUAUCAAAUUUUUUCACAGCCAUGUACAAGGUUGAGGCCUAGGAAAUAUGUUUGCACAAUAUGAUGUGGGAUAACACUUUCAGUGACAUCCCAAUACGAAAUUGUGAUUACAAGGAGUGCUCAUAUGAUGGAAGAAAAAUAAAAAAAAAAUAUAUAGGUUACUUUAAGUUUAGCACAUUGUAUUGUAGUAAUAUUUUAUAAGGUUACAAUAUGCAGACACAUUUGUAAGGCAUAAUUCAUGAAGUAAAUGUUAUAAAAUUA